CCACACACUCUUUUAUUACCAUUAUUAUAUGCCUAACUCACUUUCCUUCCUCCAUAUAAAUCUUGCAUACACAUUGUUUCUGGUUGAUUCAUCUAAAUUAAGAUUUUUUGUGGGGAAGUGUGAGUUCAAAUAUUUAUUAAGGUGUGUUGGAUCAAUUAAAGAAGAAGAAAAAAGGAUGAGUUGCAACGGUUGUCGUGUCCUCCGAAAGGGUUGCAGCGACGACUGCAUGCUACGACAUUGCUUACUAUGGAUAGAGAACCCACAAGCACAGGCAUACGCCACCAUCUUCGUCGCCAAGUUCUACGGCCGUGCCACCCUCAUGUCUUUCCUUUCCUCCGUACCCACCAACCAAAGAUCUGCUUUGUUUCAGUCACUUCUAUAUGAAGCUGUGGGGCGUACUAUUAAUCCAGUGAAUGGAGCUGUGGGUCUGCUGUGGACUGGGAACUGGCACCUUUGCCAAUUGGGGGUCCAGAAAGUGCUACGAGGUGGUGGCGCGUUGACACCUCUGCCUCAGUUUUUGGGUGUAGAUAACAGUGAUGAGGGGUUUGAAUCCUUUGUGGAUGGUUCUAGUGAUCAGCAAGUAAUGGUACAGAGUAAGGUUGGUUUCGAUGACGUCAAGAACUAUGAAGCACAACAACCGGAGAGAGUGGUCGUUGGCGGUGGAAGGUGUCAGUGUCACCAAACAAUUACAAAGAAGCAACGUGCGGGAACACCGUCCGAGGAAUCGGAGAUGUCGACGUUGGGAAGUAGAGCAGAGGGUUGUGCUUCUCAAAGUGAAAAGAAGCUCCUGACACUAUUCUUCUGAUGCGGCCUUUUUUUUUUUAUUAUCUUAAUUAUUAUUAUUAUUAUUGGAUGAGUAUCUAUUGAAUAUUACUUCGUUCAAUAUUCCUGGAUACUUAGGAAUAACUCAACCUAUCACUACCUCUGUUUCAUGCUUUUAAAUUUAAUAUAUAUAUAUAUUUUUAAACAUGAUAUUCAGAUUGGUUUUCGGCUGUG